GUAUUAGUGCGCGAGUGAAGCUGGUUGUUUCAGUUGAAUGAGACGCUAAAGUGUGUAAACAUAAAGAUGCCUCUGCCACCAGCUCUACUAGCUCGUUUGGCCAAAAGAGGAAUAGUUAAGCAGGCAGACCACGAAGCUGACGAAGAAAUCAUCGCCGAGGACUAUGAUGACAACAACGUAGACUAUGAAGCCACAAAACUUGAAAAUUUACCCACCAACUGGUACAAAGUGUUUGAUGCCAUCUGUGGACUUCCCUACUAUUGGAACGUGGAAACAGAUUUGGUGUCUUGGCUGUCCCCCAGUGACCCUGCUGCAGUCGUUACUAAAGCUGCAAAGAAGCAAAGAGUUCCAGUGGAGAUUGCAGAAGACCGAGCUGAUGGCCACCGGGAGAAGUUGGAUAGAGAACGAGAGCGCGAGAAAGAGAAGGAGCGAGACAGGGACAGAGACCGGGAUCGGGACAGGGAGCGAGACAGAGGCAGAGACCGAGACGACGGGAAAGACAGAGACCGAGACAGGGAUCGGGAUAGGGACCGUGAAAGAGACAGACGAGUGAGGAGAGAAGACAGCGGCCCAUACAGCAAAUCAAAGAGAGGUGGAAGUCGAAAGCAGCAGGAGGAGAUGGAUCCUAUGGAUCCCAGUGCUUACUCAGAUGCACCAAGGGGCUCUUGGUCUGCUGGCCUGCCCAAGCGUAACGAGGCUAAAACUGGGGCAGAUACAACAGCAGCGGGUCCUCUGUUCCAGCAACGGCCGUACCCCAGUCCUGGAGCUGUUCUUAGAGCUAAUGCUGAAAACACCAGACACGUGGAAGAGGAGGAUUCUGACUGAGCAUGAAUAAAGCAUUUAUAGAGCCUUUAUAACAACCUACAGUAAUAAACAUCAACACCACCAUUCUCAAAACUAUAAACAUUAUAGGCUCAAUGUGCUUUCCUACCACCCCUUUAUAAAUAAAUCCAGUUUUAUUGUCUGUAUUUACAUUUUUGGCAUACUUUGUAUGGCAGUUUGACGUUCAGUGCAGUUGUAAAUAUAACGAUUGUAUUAUACAUUUUGUAGUAAACCACAGCUGCUUUUAAUUGUGAAAUGUUUGACCAGUUUAAUUGUUUUACAUUCAUAUAAAAUUCGUCAUUUUAAGCCAUUUGUGAACUUUACUCUGUAAAUUACAAUUUUUAAUUUUGUGUGUGGUAUGGUGGUGCAGGUAGUAGUGACCAGAAGUGACCUAUAAUGCUGUGCUGCCCCCACGUUGUCUGAGCAGCUUGACUUGUUUUCUUUGAAUACUGUUUUUUUCCUUCGUUAUUCUUAUUGGCAAAUGACAUGUUUUUAAAUGUAUUUAUACCUGUUUACACCUGGUAAUUACCACAAAUAAAUGCACACACCACCAAAAACUAGA